GCUACAAAAAAAUCCAUAAGCACCUUUAAAUGUUAAUACUUUAAAUGUGUACGAAAUAACACGCUUCUUAUCAUUCGUCGAUAAUUUUUACUGUAGACGGAACGAUGUUUACGGAGAUUGUUUUCGCUCUCCUGAUUGCUGUCAGGAUCAACAUUUCUUACGGAUUGCAGUGUUACAGCUGUAGAGACACCAAUGAUCCGAUAAUAUGUCGAUCCACUACGACAUGUUCGGCUGGCCAGUCGUGUUUUGAAGAGAGUCGACCGACUCAGUCGGGAAGGAUGUACUCUAUGGGCUGUCUGGAUAUUCAGGUUUGCACUGCAAUGCAAACUCAAACCUUGAUUGGUCGGUCAGCUGGAAAGCGACAGAACGGGAUGUGCCAUCAAUGCUGUUCAGCAGAUAACUGCAACAACAACCUUUGCUCACCUCCAAGUCAUGGAGGCUCUGGAAGCUUUCUUCUUGUGAUGGAUGGAAGCGAGCUCUAUCAGAUUGACAUGGCUACAAAUAUGGUACAUCAGGUGAAUCGUCAAGCAAGCUCCCCUUAUGGAUAUGAUUACGACUAUAUCGAUAAGAAAGUUUAUUGGUAUGAUAGUAGUUAUAACAACAUAUUUCGACAACUGAUUAAUUCUUCCCAGAAUUUUCACGAAGAGUGGAUUAAGGGUAGCGUAUACACGGUAUAUAACUAUCAUGAACUGGCCGUUGACCCUAUUUCAAGGCUACUUUUCUACAUAAGAAAUGCACCAAGAGAAAUAGUGGCUCUGAGCUUGGAUACUGGUGAUAGUGUGUCUGUGAUUGAUACAUCUUACCCGUAUGAUCUGAAGUUGGAUCUGACAGAAAGACAAAUAUAUUGGACUGAUACAUCUCGAAUGACAAUUGAGGUAGCCAACUACAAUGGAACUAAUAGACGCACUAUAGUCUCAGGAUUACAACAGCCAACUGCGCUUGCUCUUGAUAAAACACAUAAUAUUGUAUUCUGGGCAGAUGCAGGCAAUCACAAGAUAGAACGGGUAAACACAGACGGCACUAAUCGUCAAACUGUUGCUAUUAUAAAAGGAACGGACUACACGGGUCUUGCUUUACUUGGAAAUGACCUAUUCUAUACAUCGAGACAAAUACCAUAUGUCAUGAGGAUUUCCACGUCUGGAAACACACCGCAACCUGUUGGAAAAUCUUUCUCUCAGUUACAAAACAUAAAAGCUUACAAUAUGGCAACGGUUAAAAUAGAUAACAAUGCAUGCUCUGUCAGAAACGGCGGUUGCAGCCACGUGUGUAUCCCGACAUCAGUUACUACAAGGGAAUGCCGGUGUCCUGUUGGAUAUAGAUUGGCAUCCGAUGCUUUUAGCUGUGUAUAUACGACUUUGGUACGGCUUUCCGGGUAUAACGCUACAUCUUGGCAAGGCAGAAUUGAGUAUUCUGUUGAUAAUGGGGCGACAUGGAAUACAUUCUGCAAUAACCUCAAUGAAAAUGACGCAAACGUAUUGUGCAAAAUGCUCGGUUUAGAAGGACAAGAUGCAAAAGUAAUAACGGAUGCUACUAUUUUUGGGAGCGGAAAUUCUACAUUUGGUACAUUCGAGUAUCCUUACUGCAGGGGAACAGAAAACAAGAUUACAGAUUGCCAAUAUUUUAAUUACGAAAUUUCUUGCUUACAUUCAUAUGACAGAGCCAUUAAUUGCUCAAGAGCUGGAAAGAUGAGAUUGGCAGGGUCUAAUGCCAAAGACCAAGGUCGUGUGGAGAUCCUGAUGAACAGUCAGUGGGGAACGAUCUGUGAUGACAACUUUGGUCCUGCUGAAGCUGCAGUGGUGUGUGGAAGCCUCGGCUUUUCACGAAGUGGGGCAGUGAUUAAACAUAGUUAUUACUUCGGACAAGCAUCAACGUCAGUUCCUAUACACUUAGACGACGUGAAAUGCAUCGGUAAUGAGAAUUCCGUACUUGAAUGCCAACAUAACAAAGUCAUUGAUGUCAGUAACUGUCAGCACAACGAGGAUGUGGGAGUAAUUUGCCAAGCAGCAACUUUUACCAAUGUGCGGUUGGUAGGCAGUAGUGCAGGCUCAAAUCAAGGGACAAUUGAAAUCUCCACUGAUGCUGGGAAAACAUGGAAUACCAUUUGCGAUACUUAUUUUGGUGAACAAGAAGCACAGGUUGUCUGCAAUAUGCUCGGAUUCAAUAGAAUCGGUGCAAGUGCCAGGACCAAUGCCUACUUUGGUCAAGGAAACAGCUCUUCAAAGACUCUUCACUUUGACUGCAACGGAUCAGAGACGUCCUUAUUACAUUGCUCUAUACCCAAUACAGGAACCUGUUCACAUUCAGAUGAUGUUGGUGUUGUCUGUCCUUACACGAACACGGAACUGAUUCGACUGGUUAAUGGACCCUCCUUAAAUCAGGGCAGAAUAGAAAUGUCGCUUGACAAUGGGGCCACUUGGGGAACAGUUUGUGGCAAUUUAGGGACAAAUGGGGCUGGUGUCGUCUGUGCUGCUCUAGGGUAUCCGAGGGAAGGCGCAACGUAUAAAGGUUACAGUGUGUAUGGUCAAGGUUCGUCUAGUCAACCAAUUUUGUUUCACUACCCGACUUGUGAUGGAACGGAAACGUCAUUGUUAGAUUGUAAAAGGAGUACUUCAACGUGUUCUCACACCUAUGACGUUGGAGUGAUGUGCAUAGCCGAGCCGACCACAUUAGUACGGUUAGUGAACAUCUACAUCGGCACAAUGUUUAACAAAGGCAGAGUUGAAUUGUCGGUUGAUAAUGGAACAACAUGGGGUACUAUUUGCAAUGAUUAUUUUGGAGACGCCGAGGCGAAGGUGAUAUGCAGAAUGCUCGGAUUCCAUGAGGCGGAAGGAGUUGCAGUAAUAAACGGCUCAUACGGCUUUGGGUCAGGGCAAAUUCUUUUAGAUGAUUUGAAUUGUUCAGGAGAAGAAACGUCCAUACUCCAGUGCCAACAUAAACCUAUUGGUGAAAAUGACUGCACGCACGAUGAAGAUGUUGGUGUAGCUUGCAAUUAUGUUGGUCAAGGUUCUGCAGAAGUGCGUCUUACGGGUUCAUCAUCCAGAUAUCAAGGUCGUGUCGAGGUUAAACUUGCAGGCACAACAAUAUGGGGCACAAUCUGCAGUUUGAAUGAUUUCGAUUCUACUGAGGCUAGUGUGAUAUGUGCCAUGCUAGGUUUCCAAAGGUCUGGUGCUGUCGCUCGACUUAAUGCAUAUUUUGGUCAAGGAACGGAAUCACAACCAAUAAUUCUAAGUCACCUAGGGUGCACUGGAACAGAAAGCACGAUUAUGAACUGCAGUGGAUCUUAUAUACGUACAGAUUACUGCCACCAUGUGUACGACGCUGGAGUCACUUGUCAGCCGUAACCAAAAGUAUUGUCCGUUUCGGUUCUAUCAACAAUGGAUAAUGUUCUACAGAAAGUCAACGUGUUUUCGAAAAGUUUAUUAAGUGAAAUGCAACAGUGAAAAAUUGUGCUACAUUGAUUUUUUGAAAACUAAAUUCAA